AUGGCUGUGCUGUGCAAGGUGGCAGUACAGGAGGCGACUCAACCCAGAGAAGGACCCACAAGCCAACUGGACGAAACCAUUAACGAGGCAAAAAGACUGGCUGAGGAGCUCAACCCAGAACGGGAAAAUAAGAAGAAAAAGACAAACAAGCCUCCAGGGAUUAGGUUCAGAUGGAGACAAAGGGAUGAGAGAGGACAGAUUGUUUCUCAAACCAGGAAGGCAACUACAUCCACUUCUUUUGCUCCAAGGGCCAGUACAUCAAGAGCCAGACUAGUGCAACAUUUAGGGCCAGUCACUGAGGAAGAAUCAGAGACGAGUACCAGUGGUUUGGAAUCCACUCCAGUUUUAAACAUUGAUGAAGAAAUAUCAAUACUUCAUAGAGAAAUUAACAUCCUCCUAGCUGACUUAGAAGACCCUGAGUGUUCAAAUCCUGCUGUGCCUGGUGCAUCACACAGUUGGAGUGUGAGGAAGGAACUCUCACAGGAUAGGUGGAGGGAGUCCAGGCCUGAGAUUGUAGAUUCUCUGCUGGCUGCAGAGCAUGCUUCUCAGAAGAUCUGUCAGUCAUGCAAUGUGAAAAGGGCUAUUCUGCGAUGUAGAGACUGUCUGCCGAAACAGCUUUACUGCGAAGACUGCGAUGUCUCUACACAUGCAAAGUUCCCCCUGCACAACAGAGAGUCCAUGGUCGAGGGGUUCUACACGCCCCUUCCUCCAACUACAGCCAUAUCCCUCCACAGUGAUGGGAAAUAUGCACUUCAUGAACAGGAUUGUUUCUUACCAUUGGAUGUACCAGAGGUGAUAUGUGUUUGCCUGACAAGCACCAUCCAUGUUGGCCCUGGGAAACAUAUCAUCCUCGUAGGAAUAAAUGGUUGCUACAAUGUCACAGUGCCUGUGCUUACCUGCACAACUUGUCUUAGCACCUGGACAGCAAACUUGGCAGAUCUGAUAAAGAAUGGGUACUGGCCUGCCACUGUCAACUGUGACACCAUAUACCAGGUAGAUCUGUUCAGCUCUUUUGAGGAGCUGAAAGUGUCACCCCCAGGAAUGUCCCGUCUGGCGUUUAUGCGGAUUUUGGAGCAGCGAACUGACUACUUUGGCAGGGUAACAAUCAAUUAUACUCAGCUUUACCAAUGUAUGACUUCAGGUUAACUAUGUUACAUUUUGUUACAACACUUUGUGUAACAUAACUUUAUUUCCAGUACUAUAACUAUGUUAAAACUUCAGAUCUCUUGCUACAGUAUGUGUUAGCCUCCUGCACCACUGUCCUGCCAUGCCCCUUAUCUGUGCCACUCUUGCUACAGUGUGUGUUAGCCUCCUGCACUACUGUCCUGCCAUGCCCCUUAUCUGUGCCCCUCUUGCAUCCAAUAUUUCUGCUCUUUACAACAUAAAUACUCGUCUUACUUUUCCAUUGACUUUCACCUGCUUUGCUGUCAACACUAUGUACUGGCCCUACUUUAACUCAAAUCCAGUCAGCCAUAGUGAAUUAUAGUAUGUUUUGUUUAUACUAUUGUUGUAAGUUAUUUAAUAUAUUUUCUAUAUGUAUUUUUCCCUUACCAGAACGGACUGAUCUGUGGGGACACUUUUCAAAAAAGCUUCUUUGAGUGGACGUACUGCCGCUCUGAAAUUGAUCAGGUCUGUGAUAUACAGUACUUUGACUGCCCAGCCUGUUCACCCAGCAUGCUUGCAGUGUCAGUGGACGGGAACAAGAAGCUGUAUCGAUUCAAAAAAGGGGUUAUGGAAAAGGGGUAUGUGGAGCAUCCCAGUGGACAGCAGCUAAAGAGUCGUCAAGGAAAACAAACAACAAACUUGAUGAAGAGGGACUGGAAGUUGCCGUCUGCCGCCACGGAAUACUUCUAAGGAGCCUCAACAUGAUGCGUGGAGAGAUAUUUGCGUACCCACUGUUCUUGCAGAAGGAAUUGUCUGGCAGCAGGAACAUACAAUUCAUGUGUACGGAUGUGAUCUGCAAAUUUUGGUCAGGAUAGUUAUGAAUUU